AGCGGCGUUAACGCACGAAGAUUAGGUAAGAACAUUUUAUGUAACGAUUCGAACAAAUAUGUCAGAUCGUAUGCCCAAAAUUGAUAUCAGCAAGUUAAAACAAACAGAUGUACAUUUCAUUAAAGAGGUUGAGAAGAAAAACAUUGACAGGGUUCAGAAGUUAAUGCGUAUCCGAAAAAACAAUUUAAUCACUGCAUCAUUAUUGGGUAUUGGUGUAUUAAGUAUAUAUGGAUAUACUAUGUAUGCUGUAAGACAGGAAAGCUUUUUGGAUGAUUUUGACGAACCCGCAAAAACUACAAAGUAAUGGUCACUUCAAAA